UCAGACUGCAUAGAUAUUUGUAUAUUCAGGAAGAGGUGGGGUUUUGCACUCAGAGUUGGAGUUUAGUGAACAGGAAGAGAAGACUGCAGCCAUGUUUUGGACAAUGCUGAUGAGAUUGCUGCCAGGAAGCUGAUGAGAUUGCUGCCAGGAAUGCUGAUGAGAUUGCUGCCAGUAGAGAUGAGCGAAGUAUUCAAAAAUUCAAUUCGGCUGAUUCGGCGAAUUCGAGGAAUAAAUUCGAUUCGAUGCGAAUAUAUUCGCUGCGAAUUUAACUUAUAAAAAGGCUGCCAGGAAGGCUGAUGAGAGCAGAGGAACUAAGCAACAU